GAUGCUAGCCAGAAAUUCUCUCCGGCGUAUCUUCCUCCCGCAUCCUCGCCACAGACAGUUCGGAAGCUCGUCGCGCUGGAUAUCUGACAGCAUUCCAUCGGCUGACCCCCCACUUGCGUUCACGUUCGACAUCGAUGGCGUUCUCCUGCGUGGAGCGACUGUGCUGCCAGCUGCGCGACGCGCACUGGCCAUGCUUGAGGGGAAGAAUCCUUUCGCGAUGAAGAUACCAUACAUUCUGUUGACGAAUGGCGGUGGGAUGCUUGAAGAAGAUCGUUGCAAAAGCCUCACGUCGAAACUGGGCAUUGAAAUUAGUCCGUCACAGUUUCUCCAGGCGCACACCAUCCUCAAAUCCCGAGCUCAAACGUCUGUAGAUGAAUCUGUUCUAGUGCUUGGCGGAAAUGGAAAUACGGUCAGAAAUGUGGCAGAGAGCUAUGGCUACAAGCACGUUUAUACCACUCUUGAUGUGAAAGCCUGGAACCCCCACAUCUGGCCAUUUCACGACCUUACGCCCGAGGAACUUGCGUCUACCAAGGCCAUCGACUUUUCCAAGACCCCCAUCACCUCUAUCCUCGUAUUCCACGAUCCACGCAACUGGGCCCUUGAUGUACAGAUUGCAACCGACGUGAUUCUUUCUGGUGGGCUCAUCGGGGCGCCCUACGUCCUCCCGCACAAGCGCCCCACAUCACACAAGCCUGUCGAGCUCGUUUUCUGCAACCCUGAUCUUCAGUGGCGUGCCGAGUUCGAACGGCCGCGGCUCGGGCAGGGCGCGUUCCGGGUCGCGUUCCAGGCUGUGUAUAAGGAACUUGCUGGAUCGGAGUAUCCAUACAUACAGUACGGUAAACCAACAGAAGCAACGUAUAUGUUCGCCGAGACUGUGAUGCGCGAUAGGCUGGCUGAAUUGUCAGGACGAAGGAUACAACACAUGCCCAAUAUGUAUAUGAUUGGAGACAAUCCCGAAUCAGACAUUGCAGGUGCCAACGCAGCAGGCUGGUCUUCUGUCUUGGUGCGCACGGGCGUCUAUGAUGCUCUACAUGGGCCUCCGACACAUGCCCCUACGCAUAUCGCUGACGACGUCGAGGGUGCCGUGAAAUGGGCGCUCGAACGAGAGGUAGCUAAAGCGACAAGACACUAA